AUGCCAACUGGAAAUGCAACAUUCCUUCUGUCAGUUCUGUUUACAGCAGCGUUAUCGGGGUUUCUCUGCGUAGAGCAGGCCACCGCCAAAGUGGGCUGUGCAGCCACCGUUUUUUCUGUGCAAGCGGCUAAUGCCUUGCGGUUCUCUGCCUCACCUGCAUCUUCCGCAUCAUGGCCUCGCGCAAUUCGUGAAUGCAACAAGCAUCAUCUUCACGAGGAGGCAUCCUUAUGGGUCACCGCACUUCGUUACAUUGUCGUCACAACAGAGGCCAGGCGACUGGGGUUGGAUGCGCUCCAGCGGGGCGAGCUGCGAAGACGCGCCAACCUUUUUUUCCUUCUGGAGAAGUGGCAUGCUCCUGGCUGCGGUGACACUGCUGCGGAUGUGGCGGAUGAAACACUGGCGGCCACUCUGAAUGAGGAGAUGGACGGGUGCCGUGCCUGGACGGAUGUGGCAAAUGGCAGGAAGUACCACAUGAGUUUCGUGUUGAGCGGUGGCGGCAUGGCACGAGUUGAAGAAGCGGCGGCUCUGGAUGCCGCAGUGUGCGGUCACGCUGACCCAACACACGCCGAUCGUAUCCGACUGUUGCUGUGUGCCGUCGCCGCGUGGUGCCAGCGAUGUUGA